AGUUGAAAAAGUCUGUCCUAGUUUGGUCCUAGUUCCAGGACUUGCAGGUUCUAUUAUUAAGACUUAUGACCUGAUCCUUAAUAACUGGUCUUGUGACCAGUCUAAGACUGGGUCUAAGACCA